AUGGAGACAUUCCACGGCAGAUUCGAAAAAUACAAUGUCGCCCACAAACUACAGAAGCGCUCCCUUCUCGUCGCCAUCAACGCUGUCGCCGGCUUGUCCAUCUUCUUCUUUGGUUACGACCAAGGUGUGAUGGGUGGCGUCAACACGACUCGUGAUUAUGCAGAGCUCAUGGGUUUCGGGCACUGGGAUGCAGAAGAAGGUCUCGUCAAGGUUGACAAGAGUCUUUUGCAAGGUGGCAUUGUUGCUGUAUAUUACCUUCCUGGAACCUUGUUCGGUGCUCUCAUCGGCGGUUGGAUAGGAGACAAGUUGGGUCGCAUCACCACCAUCGGCAUAGCAUGCGCCUGGGCCAUUGUCGGCGCGACUCUCCAAUGUUCCGCCCAGAGCGCCAACUGGAUGUUCUGCGCCCGUGUCCUCAACGGAAUCGGCACGGGGAUUCUCAACGCCAUCACUCCCGUCUGGGCCACGGAAACGGCAGCGUACACGUCUCGAGGACAGUUUGUGUCGAUCGAAUUCACCCUCAACAUCCUCGGUGUUGUCGUGGCUUACUGGAUCGAAUUCGGCACCUCCAAAUACGGAGACGGAACUUCACCCUUCAUCUGGCGCUUCCCCAUCGCGUUCCAGAUCGUCCCAUUGAUCGGUCUUUUGUGCGUCAUCUGGUUCAUGCCCGAGUCACCCCGGUGGUUGGUCAAAGUGGGACGCGAGAAGGAGGCACGGUACAUCCUCAGCCGCCUCCGCGGCGACGAGGGUGAAGACCGCGAGCAGGCCGAGGCCGAGUUUCAAGACAUCCGCAACGUCAGUGCCUUGGAGGUGGAAACGUCCAAGCAAAACAGCUACUUCAGCAUGCUCUUCGGCAUCGGAUCGGGGAAACUACACACGGCCCGCCGCGUCCAAUUGGUCAUUUGGUUGCAGAUCUUGCAGGAAUGGAUCGGCAUCGCGGGCAUCACGAUCUACGGACCCGAAAUCUUCACCAUAGCGGGCAUCAAGGCGAAAGACCGGCUGUGGGUCAGUGGUCUCAACGACAUCACCUACAUGUUUGCGACGUUGAUCUGUGUCUUUACGCUGGACCGCAUCGGUCGUCGGUGGACCUUGUACUGGGGCGCCGUCGGCCAGGGGAUAUGCUGUUUCGCCGCCGGAGGUCUCGCCCGAGCCACGAUCAACGCCUCUUCCGAGAGCCACAAGACGUCCUUGGGUGCCGGGGCGACCUUCUUUGUGUUCCUGUACACGGCCAUCUUUGGGGCCACGUGGCUGACGGUCCCUUGGCUUUACCCUGCCGAAAUAUUCCCCUUGCACGUUCGCGCGCGAGGCAACGCCUUUGGUGUGGUCGGUUGGUCGAUUGGUAACGGCUGGUGCGUCCUCUUGCUCCCCACGAUCUUUGCCCGCCUCAACGAAAAGACGCUCUACAUCUUUGGUGGAGUCAACGUCCUCAGCAUCAUCGUCGUGUGGGCCCUGUACCCGGAGACGAACCAACGUACGCUCGAGGAGAUGGAUCUCGUGUUUGCCUGCGACAGCAUAUGGACCUGGGAGGCCGAGAAGAACUUUGCAAUCUUGAAAGAAGAAAACCCCGAAUUGGUCCAGGCCGCGAAGAGGGGCAACAGCUUCGUCAUCGACCCGGAGACCGGCAGGAGGACCAGCAUGGCCAGCUCGGCUGCUGCUGCGAGAAGGGGGAGCUCGAGUCUCGCCGUGAGGAGGCCGAGUGGACCUGCGAAGCCUGGCAGUGUCGUGGAGAAGGACGUCGUGGAGCAGAAGUAGUAGGCCUUUUGAGAAGGAGGCGUCUCCCCCUCCUCGCCGAUCAAAUGUAUUCCUGGUUGUAAGCUUUGCCCGUCGAGGAACACCAUUUCCACCAAAGAUCGAGUACUUGGGGUAGCUAUGAGGUGUCUGGAAAAAACAAAUCCAAAAUCUACUUCUCGACACAGAUGAUGGCCACUCCAAGUCUGAUACCUAUAGGCCUAAAGACACGUCCCGAAAUACAUUGCCAUGGCCAUCGAGUAUUGAAAUCGACGGAUUCCAAGAUCUCAAUCCUAUCAACAUGUUUCUUUCCCACACGACAGCCUCCUGAGGAAACGGGUUGAAGAUAUUGUUUAGACUAUGACGGGAAGCUUAUGGUGAAAGGAUAUAGAUAACGAUGAGUAAGGUACAGGAGGUCGGUGAACAGAAAGACACGUACAGUACAUAGCAC